GCUAACCACCGGAGCUCAACUGAGACACCAAAGCCCCUCCUCUCCUCUGAUUCUCAACUCCGCCUCCACCUCCCCAAUCUCUCAUCAUGUCGACGGCGGCUGCAUCUCGGCCAAGCGGCCCCAUCCUUUUGAGCCCCUUUCCCAACUACCAAUCCGCCUCGCUCUCCCGUGUCAAGCUCCCCGCCGGUGGCUCGCCGUCGCCGGUCAAGUCCGUCAGCGUCUCCUCUCCCCCCUCCUCCCCCACCGCCGCCCCCAAGAUCCGUCGGUCCUGCAUGUGCUCCCCGACGAACCACCCGGGCUCCUUCCGGUGCAGCCUCCACAAGGAGCGCAAGCAGGCGGCCCAAGCUGGCAGCACCAGCAGGCCCGUCUCCCCGCCUUCGCUGCCGUCGAAGCGCACGGCGAGCCCAUUCGCGCAGCUCGUCCCCAGAGGCAGCGGCUGCUCUAGACGCUCGUACAGCGGGCUGGCGCAGCGCGUCCCCAUGGGGAGCGGGCACUGGGCACGCAAGGCGCUCGUGCCGUCCCACGCAGUGCAGCAGCUGCAGCACCGGAAGCGAGUGGUGGAGCAGUUCCACGCCGGGCCCAGCCGGCUCUCCGCCGCCGCCGGCCGCCAGUAAAUAGACAACAUCCUCGGCAUGCCAUAGCAAAGAUACCGCUAGUACAUACUGCACAAAGUGUACAUAGGAAACAAAUUCCCCGAAUAAUCCCGUCGCUGUAUAUAGAAGAUCGGUGGGGGUUAGGCCGGCCAGGAAGAUUGGAGUUUUAAGACCCAAUUCGAUUCGGGCCUGAUCAAUUAGAUACGUAGCUUUUAGGUGUACAUAGGUGUGUACAGCUCCGCUUGGUUUUGGUCUUUUGGAUAUACAUCAAUACUAGAUGAGUGACAAAUUGAAGGCA